AAAAUUGAUUUGAUAUUUGUAAUCAAGCUUUUGAUCCAUACUUUGCCCAAGUGUGAAAUCGUAACCUGUGCUUGAUAGUCAUCGUUUCGCGUCCAUUCAUCGAAUAGCAAUGGCCGAACCCGUCCAGGAGAAGCAGCAGCCGACGCCGUCUACGGACUCCCCGGGGACUGCAACCACGUCUACGCCGGUUGCUACUGAAAUGGCAGUGCCUGGUCGUCGUGUAGGCGAAGCUCCCAUCAAGAAAGCAUUCCUGAAGCCCAAACCGGCCCCGAAGUCCGCCGCUACCGAGACUGACAAUGCAAAAGAACCAGCGAAAGUAAAGGAUGACCGUGACCGCGAUGGUGGCAAGAAGAAACGCGGAACCUUUAAAAAGCGUCCAAUCGAUGCUGAACAAGACCCCGCGAACUUGUUGUGUCGUCCUGUGGCCUCUGGUGAGAGCUGCCAAUUCGGUGACAGCUGCAAGUUCAGCCACGAUAUUGACGACUACAUGAAGCGCAAGCUCAAGGACCUUGGCGAGCGCUGCCCUGUGUUUGACGCCAUAGGCUUCUGUCGUUAUGGUAUGGCUUGUCGGUUUGCGAAAGCUCACGUUGAGAAGGUGGACGGCAUCUAUCGUAACUUAAAGCGCGAAGGAUACGUGGAGACCCCGGGUCAUGAUUUGGGCGAUGAAGUGAACGAUCUGACCCAUGAUCUGCGCCUGAAGCUGCGUAAAGAUACGUACGACUUUCAGUCGAAGCAGCAGAUGCGGAAGGACAAGAAGAACAACAAGCGUCAGCAACGUAAUGAUAAUGGGAAGGACGCAAAGGCCGAAGUUGCUCCUGAAGCAGAACAGAACAGCGAAGAAUCGACUGCAGUGAAGACGGAGUCUGCACCAGAGAGUGAUAAAGCAGAGUCUGAGUCUGAAGAUGUCAAGAUGGAACCCGCUGCCGAGAGCCCGUUGCUGCCCGAACGCAAGCCUGUUGACUUCAAACGGAAGAUUUACAUCGCCCCACUCACUACUGUGGGUAACCUGCCAUUCCGCCGGUUGAUGAAGCAGACAGGUGCUGACAUCACGUGCGGUGAGAUGGCUAUGGCCACCAACCUGCUGAAGGCGCAGCAGUCCGAGUGGGCAUUACUGCGACGUCACAAGAGCGAAGACGUUUUCGGUGUGCAGAUUGCAGGCUCUUUCAGUGACCAGAUGACUCGUGUGUGCGAGCUUUUGGCUCGAGAGACGGACAUUGAUUUCGUCGACAUCAAUAUGGGCUGUCCCAUUGAUAUUGUGUGUCGUGCUGGCGCUGGAUCUGCGUUAAUGACUCGGCCACCACGGCUACUUGAGGUCGUCUCGGGUGCGUUGACUGGCCUGGAGCUUGGCACGCGCAUGCGUACUGGUGGUACUGUGAACACUCCAGGUCUUACCGUGAAGCUGCGCACUGGUUGGAGUGAGAAGCAGCCGACGGCUCACAAGUUGAUACCUAAGCUUCAGGGUGUGCGUGCCUCGAUGGCGUACGUGAACUCCGCAGUGGUUACUGCUGACUUUAAGCUGCGCGCAACACAGUCCGUUGACGCCAUUACAGUGCACGGCCGCUCCCGGUUACAGCGCUACACGAAGCACGCUGAUUGGGACUACAUCUUUCAGUGCUGUGAUGCUCAAAAGGACAGCAUAGACGACAAGCCACUACCACGCGUGCCGUUCGUGGGUGGUGGAGAUGUUCUGUCCUAUGAAGAGUUCGAUGAACACCUGCAAAACGGCAAGUUGGACACGUGCAUGUUGGCCCGUGGUGCACUGAUCAAGCCAUGGCUGCCUACUGAAAUCAAAGAACGUCGUCACUGGGAUAUUUCAGCGUCGGAGCGCUUGGAUUUGCUCAAGGAUUUCGUUCGCUUCGGUCUGGAGCACUGGGGCUCUGACCAGAAGGGAGUGAACCGUACUCGCCGCUACCUGCUCGAGUGGCAGUCGUUCCUUUGCCGCUAUAUCCCUGUGGGCUUGCUGGAGGCCCUCCCUCAACGUAUUAACGACCGUCCGUCACCGUAUUACGGACGCAGCGACCUCGAGUCGUUAAUGGCCAGUGAUCAGGCAGUGGACUGGGUUAAGAUAUCCGAGAUGCUGCUUGGCCCCGUGCCGGAUGGCUUCCAGUUCGUGCCCAAGCAUCGAGCUAACGCGUACCAAACUACAUAAAGGCGUAGUUGAUAGAUACUGGUGUAGGCAGAGAGGACUUGAUGAUCAAAACGAUAAAAUAAAUAGAUACGCGCUGUCACAUGCCAGCAUCAAAUUUUGACUUGCAA